AUUCAAAAUCUUUCUUCUCCUUUGGUAUCCAAUUCUCUCUCUCUCUCUCUUUCUCACUGUUCAACUCUCUCAUCAUCAAAUCCCAAUACCAAAAAGCACUCUCCACGAAACUUGAAUCCCAAGGAAACCUUUCCUUCUCUCUCUCGCGCUUUACCUUAUUCUUGCUUUGUUUAUAUGCAUACUUACAUACAUAUUAUAGAUAUUUAUUUGUGUAUAAGCCUGUGAAGUGAAGAGCUAGGGCUUGCCUGUGUGAGACUUUGGGAUUUGAUUGAAGAUGGCGGAAGAUUCCUGCGUCACGCAACUCAUCGACGGAAAUGGCGAAUUCAAUGUGGCAGGGCUUGAUGAAUUCACUAAGAAAGUUAAGCUCGCUGCGUGUGGUCUCUCCUAUGCUGUCGUCGCCAUUAUGGGUCCUCAGAGCAGCGGGAAGAGUACCUUAUUGAAUCAUCUUUUCCACACAAACUUCAGAGAGAUGGAUGCUUACAGGGGAAGGAGUCAAACAACUAAGGGCAUUUGGAUAGCGCACUGUGUUGGAAUCGAGCCUUGCACGAUAGCCAUGGAUUUGGAGGGCACGGAUGGGAGGGAAAGAGGCGAGGAUGAUACCACCUUUGAGAAACAGAGUGCCCUUUUUGCUUUAGCAGUUUCAGAUAUUGUACUGAUAAACAUGUGGUGCCAUGAUAUUGGUCGGGAGCAUGCUGCAAACAAACCUCUACUUAAAACAGUUUUCCAGGUCAUGAUGCGAUUAUUCAGCCCCCGCAAAACAACACUGCUGUUUGUUAUACGUGACAAAACAAAGACUCCACUUCAACGAUUGGAGCCUGUUUUAAGGGAAGAUAUCCAGAAGAUAUGGGACUCAGUUCGUAAGCCUCAGGCCCAUAAAGAUACGCCUCUUAGCGAGUUUUUUAAUGUAGAAGUUGUUGCUUUGUCCAGCUAUGAAGAGAAGGAAGAGAAAUUUAAAGAGGAGGUUUCUCAACUGAGGCAGCGCUUUUUUCAUUCUGUCUCACCAGGAGGGCUAGCUGGUGAUAGACGGGGUGUUGUCCCUGCCACAGGCUUCUCUUUUAGUGCACAGCAUAUAUGGAAAGUUAUUAAAGAAAAUAAGGACCUCGAUCUUCCAGCUCACAAGGUUAUGGUUGCCACUGUUCGUUGUGAAGAGAUUGCCAAUGAAAAACUCAGGCAAUUGAACUCGGAUGAGGGUUGGUUGGCAUUGGAAAAAGAAGUACAAACAGGUCCUGUACCAGUGUUUGGGAAGAGACUAACCUCAAUAUUAGAAACGUAUCUCUCUGCGUAUGACAUCGAGGUAAACUACUUUGAUGAAGGUGUCAGAAAUGCAAAACGCCAACAAUUAGAGUCCAAAGCAUUGGAGUCUGUAUUCCCUGCAUAUGCAGCCAUGUUGGGAAAUCUGCGGUCCAAAGCACUUGAAGAUUUUAAAACUAAGCUGAAGCAUUCAUUGAACAAAGGAGAACAAUUCGCUGCUUCUGUUCAUGCCUGUGUUGAGUCUUGCUUGAUUGAGUUUGACCAAGGGUGUGCAGAUGCUGCCAUACAACAAGCCGAUUGGGAUGCCUCAAAAAUUAGGGAAAAACUUAUACGGGAUAUUGAUGCUCAUGCAUUAUCUGUUUGCAGUGAAAAAUUGUCAGAAUUAAUUGCCAACCAUGAGAAAAAACUUUCGGCUGCUUUAAGUGAACCUAUAGACUCCCUAUUUGAAGCAGGUGGGAAGAAUACCUGGGCUUCAAUAAGAAGACUUCUUAAACAUGAGACUGAAGUUGCAGCAUCAGAGCUCUCUUCUGCCAUCUCUGGUUUUGAGUUGGAAGAGGAAACAAUUAGAAACAUGUUGCAAAAUUUGAGAGAUUAUGCAAGAAGUCUGGUUGAGAAAAAGGCAAGGGAAGAAGUGGGAAAGGUUUUGAUCCGCAUGAAAGACAGGUUCUCAACAGUCUUCAAUCAUGACAAUGAUUCAAUGCCAAGGGUCUGGACUGGGAAUGAAGAUAUUAAAGCUAUCACCAAGGAAGCACGUUCUGCGUCUCUGAAGCUUUUAUCCGUUAUGGCUGCAAUUCGCUUAGAAGAGAAGCCAGAUAAGAUUGAAAAUAUACUUUUUGCUUCUCUCAUGGAUGGAGCUGUUACUGUUUCUUCUACAAGAAGUUUGGAGAUAGGAAAUUCUGCAGAUUCUCUUGCCUCAAGCACUUGGGAGGAGGUUCCUUCCAAGGACAUACUUAUUAAACCAGUGCAGAGCAAGUCAUUGUGGAGACAGUUCAUGAGAGAGACUGAGUACACUGUCACGCAAGCUAUUUCGGCACAGGAAGCGCACAAGCGGAGCAACAACUGGCUUCCUCCUCCAUGGGCAAUUGCAGCAAUGGUUAUUCUUGGAUUUAAUGAGUUUAUGCUUCUUUUAAAGAAUCCUCUAUACCUCAUGAUUUUGUUUGUUGCAUAUUUACUUUCUAAAGCCUUAUGGGUACAGCUGGACAUUUCUGGACAGUUUCGUCAUGGCACUCUGGCUGGAUUACUAUCAAUUUCAUCAAGGUUUCUUCCCACUAUUAUGAACCUUCUAAGACGACUAGCGGAAGAAGCACAGGGCGGUCAAACAUCCCAAGCAUCAGGACAGCCAGAACCUAUGAUGUCCCUUGGCUUCAAACAGCAAACGCAUCCAUCAAAAUCGUUAUCGAACUCCAUUCCCAAAUCCUCCGUAUCAUCUAACAUUUCAUCGUCCUCCGAUAAUAGUGUUGAAUACUCAAGCUCUAACUUGAGCCACAGGCGAGCCACAAACGUUCAAGAACCAGAACUUUCUUAAUGCAAGUUUUCUACAUUAUUAUUGCCCAUCAGAGAAGGAUAAGGACUCUUAUCUGUGGAACAGUUAAAGUUCCGUUUGUUGUCCUUGUUCCUGGUCGAUGAAAAGAGGGGAUGGUAUAUAGUUGGAAUACACAAUAAUUCGGCAUUGAAAAUAGUCGUCUGCUUAUACUUCAGGUGAGAGUUCGGUUGGAGCACAAUGAAAAAUAUUGUAUACUAACAUUAUAUGAACAAUGAACAAUUGAUAACAUGCGUUUUUUUUUCUUA